AUGUUGUUUGUUGAACCAAGAACACCACUGAAGCCCUGCCUUCAAGCUUCCUCCUCAAGCCCAGCCCCUAAGGGGAUUUCCGAAAAGAUGUGUGAAAGGCGUCUGAGGCCAGCUUGGCUGCUCCUUUUAUACUGGGGAAUAGUGCCCUCUACUGCGUGCUACAUUAAAAACAAGAUGCUUGCCCGUGCAAUCGGAAUCUGUCCUAAAGAUUUAGGGUCUGGGUUUCGGGUGAUGAGGAUGCUCACUAUGGCUCACCUGACCAACUGGACGCCUAAAUGCCAAGGCAACUGCGGGUCCGGCAUUCUCCCCACCAGCUUAUCUCCAUGCAGAGGGCUCUACACUCUUUCUCCCGUGAUUUUUCAUGGCUCACCUCAAAUGGGGGCCCUUGGCUCUGUAGUGAGGGAAAACAAGAAGAGCCAGGAUGAGCUCCUGCAGACGUCAAGUCGAAGAAGCCCGCGGCAGCAGAACGAGUUUGAGGAAGGAAGUAGUUUUAAGUUCGGCACCAAGGAAGCGGUGAGGGUAAAAAUGUCAGAAGCAGACCGUAUUGCCAAAUUGCUUCGAGCUGUUCUACAAUCCAAUAAGAAUGGAGUUGCCUUGCCCCUGCUACAAAAUGAAUAUAAAUUGUUGACUGGAGAGUGGAUCCCAUUCAGUCAGCUCGGCUAUUCCACGUUGGAGGAAUAUCUGAAAAGUAUACCAUCUGUUGUCAAAUUAACUGUUAGCUCUGGAAAGACCAUUUGCUUAGCUAUGACUUGCAAGGAAACUGAAAAUAUUGCUCAACUUGUGGCACGGCAAAAGGAUUCAAAAAAGAAAACUGGCCAAAAGGACAAAUAUCAAAUGAAAAUAAAGCAGCCCACUGCACUGGUCAUGCCAGAAGCAGAACCAAAAAAAACAUUGAGAAAACUAGAAUUCUCUGGAGAAGCUGAAAAAUACUAUGGAAAGUCAGAGUCAAAGAGUCAUGUUCUUGGACACGAGGUGACAGAAGGUGGUUCAGUGCAAAAUAAUGUUUACAUGAUUCAACACAACAAGAGCAUGGUCAACAAAUGAAACUGAGGCUCAGAGGAGUGAAGUGACUUGCCC